AUGUGCUACCAGUGGGUGUUGACGGGCGAGCGAGUCGGCCGGCGGCUGCGACGGACGCCUGCGGCAGUCCCGGUCGAGGACACUUUUCUCGACGUUGUAGUCAUGAGCAGUGGCAGCAAAGGCGAGCAAGUUUCUGUGAUCGGAGCGUCGUACUUUGGGCAGGGGACGGUGGUGACGACGGGCGUGUGUUCGACGACCGAGUGCAGCUGCGGAUCGGGCAGUCUGGAGCUGCCGGUUUAUUUUGGCGGACCUGCCUUUGCCGAGACCCGCGAUGAGCAGGCGAGCCAACUGGUGUUUGUGUGCAUACACGGCGGAGGCAUGUCAGCACUCUCAUUCGCACCGAUGGCCAAGCACCUUGUGGCCAAGGGCCUCUCGAUCGUGGCCAUGGAUCUUCCAGCUCACGGCGGCGCGACCGAUGGGCCGCUGGACAUGGCGACGCUGAUUGGCGCAGCAAUCAACUCGGCGCGACGUGUUCUGAUUGAUCACAAUCUUCUUGUCCCGGGAAGUGGUGCGAGCGAGAGCUCGUGUCCGGCGGCAGGGUGGGACGGUUCGACGCCGGCGGCGCACCUUGUGCUGGUGGGCCACUCGAUGGGAGGCGCUGUUGCGACGCGGAUUGCGGCGGAUCCGCAGCUCUCGGCCGGCCUGCCUGCUGUGGGGCUGACGGUUCUGGAUGUGGUCGAAGGAACUGCGCUUGCAGCAGCCGACGGGAUGGGUGCGCUUCUUGCAGCGCGGCCGGCAAGCUUCGACAGCGUUGACGACGCGGUGGCGUGGCACCUCGCGACGGGACUGAUGCGGAACCCAGAUUCUGCUGCGACCACAGUGCCACCACUCGUGGUGGAUGCUGGCGACGGCGGCGAGGGCGUAGUGUGGCGCACGCCGCUGGCGAGCUCGGCGGAUCAGUGGGACUCGUGGUACAUCGGGCUCUCGGAGCUCUUCCUCGCGGUACCGCACCGCAAGCUGCUCGUACUCGCCGCCACCGACCGGCUCGACACGCAGCUGAUGGUGGGCCAGAUGCAGGGCAAGUUCCAGCUCAAGAUUAUUCCAGACGUCGGACACUGGCUCCACGAGGACGAUCCAGCGGGAGUGGCGAACACGCUCCACGGCUUUGUUCACUUCUUUGGAUGGAUGCCGAGCGAGCACUAA